GUUGAUUAUAGGGGAACCCGACUUCCUACUGCCUUAAGAGCGAACAAUGAUGGUGGAAUUAAUGAAGAGGAGGCAUCACGCCUAUGCGUUUAGCGACGAGGAGCGUGACAGACUGGAUGUGGACAAGAUAUCUAUGAUCCGCAUCCACACCAUGCCACACGAGCCUUGGAACAUGAGAGGGGCGCGAUAUCCUAACCCUGACAAGGAAAAGAAGGUGGUGGACUACCUCGACGGCAAGAUAAGUACACACGUCGCCGACUAUUCUAGUGGACCGUAUGCGUCCCCGUGGUUUUGCUUCAUUAAGCCUGACGGGACGCUGCGAUGGGUGCAAGAUCUACAGAGGUUAAAUGCGGUGACCGUGCGAGAUGCUGGAGGACUGCCAAAUGCGGAUGCUUUGUCGGAAUCCUGUGCUGGAAGGCCUAUAAUUUCGCUUAUAGAUCUUUACCCAGGAUACGAUCAGUUUUCGGUCUACCUGCCGGAUAGGCCGGUGACGGCUAUGCAUACGCCGCGAGGAUUAAUCUACAUGAACGUGGCCCCUCAAGGGUGGACCAAUGCAGUAGCAAUGGUCCAACGGGCCAUGAUUCGGGUUAUGCAGUCAGUCAGCCCCCAUAUUACACAACCAUACAUCGACGAUUUGGCGAUGAAGGGGCCGGCAGUGAAGGAGAGCGAUGAAGUCUCGCCAGAGGUAAGACGCUUUGUUUGGGAGCAUAUCCAGGACCUCGAAAAAAUCCUGAGCCUGAUCGAGGAGCAUAACCUCACGGCGAGCGGGGCCAAAUCCAAACACUGCAUGAGGGAAGCGACUAUUUUGGGGUUCGUCUGCAGCGAGAGGGGUCGGAGGCCGGAUGUGAAGAAGACGGACAAGAUUACUGAGUGGCCAGUUCUGUUCCACUCAGUAACUGAUGACAGAAGCUUCCUUGGUACGUGUGGAUUUUGGAGGGCCUUCGUCAAGAAUUUUGCCGCUAAAACUGAACAUCUGAGGAAGUUAGUUCGUCAGGACCAUAAAUGGGUUUGGGGUGAAGAACAAGAAGAGGUGGUAGCCAGAAUGAUGGAAGAAUUUCGAGAACGAGGGUUGGUGUUAGGAGCGCUAGAUUAUGACGUCAAAGAGACGCGACCCUUCAUUGUCGAAACGGAUGCGGGCCCGACUGCUUUAGGGGGAGUUCUAAUUCAGGCAGACAUGGAAGGAAAGGAAAGACCCUUGCGAUUUGAGAGUCGGACUCUCUGUACGACGGAGAGGAACUACUCUCAGUUCAAGAGGGAGACCCUUGCCGUCCUCCAUUGUCUGCGAAUCUUCCGGAACUACAUCUUCGGCAGGAGGUUUAUUUUGAGAGUGGAUCCGACCGCCCUGGCCUACUCUCUAAGGAAUUACGUUCCAUCGGAUCCGACGGUUGUCAGAUGGAUGACGUACAUCUGGAUGUUCAAUUUCGAAUUGGAACGGAUACCUUGGAGUAAGAACCGGGCGGACGGGCUGAGUAGGAUCAACUGGGAUAAACAGGAAGGGGAGGCGGUGGAGAAUACGCCCCCAAUUGAUGGAUUUCUAGAUCAGGAAGAAGAUGUUCAUCUCCACAUCAAUAAGUCGUCGCCGCGAGUGCCCAGCUGUGUAGGCUAUCCUAUUUGGCAAACACCAAGUGGGUAUGAACGGAGGGAUGAGCUAGUCCUUAAGCCCUUUGAUGAAGAGGAUCCCUGGGGUGGUAAGGAUGUUCAGUGGAUGAUGGAGCUAGCGCUGGCCAGCUCGCAUAGCCUGGUGGAGGAUAUGAGGACGAUUGAGGAAGGACCUGGCCAGGUAGAACGGCAUGAGGACCUGAUGGGAGGAAUGUAUCUCCUUGUCAAUACGUUAUUGCAGGAAAGCCUAGACCAGUCAGGCUCGUUGAACCCGGCAGGGAAUGUGGACGAAGUGCCUGAGAGCCAGGACGACGAGUUCGAGGAAGGGGAAAUUAAGGUGGUUUUUCGUGCAGAGGAGUACGACGGGAUCUACCUAGAGCUGGGGCUUCUUCUGUCAUGUGAAAUGCGGCUAAGGGAUGCAAGCGAUAGGGCUCAAAGGAUGCUGCAGCGCUACUUAGUGCGAGACGGCCACCUUUUCAUGAGAAGAGAAGUGGGGAAUCCCAGGAGAGUCGUCUGCGGUAGGAAUCGUCAGAUCAACGUCGUAGCAGCGCUUCACGAUGGCAUUGCAGGAGGACAUCGAGGGGUACAAGCCACGUAUGCCAAGAUAAGUGAGUUGUACUACUGGGAUGGGAUGAUGGAUAUGGUCAGGAAGUCCGACUUUACGAAGACAGCCAUGCCAAGAGGAGGGAGGGGGACACGGUCGCCUCAGAGGCCGUUGGGAGCAUCACGAGGAUAUGAGCGACAUGGGCAUCGCCAUCGAGAGAGUACUCCGGUAUACGAUGAUGGGGACAUCGAGCUAUUCCUGGAUAGCUUUUGGGAUCAUGCGAGGCGUAUGGGCUGGACCGUGGCCCAGGCAAUCGAGAGACUGAGGGGAGUCGGCAGAUUCGAGGAGCCCGUCGCGCAGAUCCGUAGAGAGGCGACGACGAGGCAAGAGGUGGAGAUGAGGAUGGAGGAGUUGCGACCCUCGCCGGUGGGACCAGAUGGCAGGCCGAUCCGCCUGGAGAUUGGAAAUACGUCGGACUUCAUCCCCGCAUUUGAGUGGUUCAUGCAGGGGCAAGGCAUACCGAGAGAUGAUUGGAUGCAAACGCUACCACUCUGGACCAGGAAGGCGGAAAGGCCCCUGGCUAGCCAAAUCAGAGACAUGGCCCGGGACUGGGAGAGCUGCAGGACACAUUUGAGAGAGGCCUUUCGACGGCCAGAGCCCCCCCAGCCCAGAGUCGAGAGGCGUCAGAGGAGUCAGAGGCCGAGGGACCCUAAGCCCAGGGAGGAGAGACCGUCUCGAGGAGGACGGAAGGCCCUAGCCAUGAGAGAGAAGGAGCCGGAGCAGGAGCCAGAGGUUGAGGAGCGAGGGGCAUACCCUGAGUGUGGGUUGGGACCAGUGGAGUUCCAUCGUUUUACUGUGGGUGGAUUGAUGAGGUCGCCAACACACACACAAGAGGAGCCGCCAGUGUCUGAGGGGCCUUUGAGGAAGUUGGAGACGCAUCUGGAUAUCUCUCAGUGGAGAGCGUCGCCUCAGGGUGAGGAGCAUGGAGAGCAAGCAAGGGAGGUGCCGCGGGAGGAGGUCCAGGAUACUCCGCGGGAGAGAGGGCUGGGCGAUGUGGGGAGACGUGCAGGGAAGGAAGUGAUAGAGGUUGGAGAGGACACGCCCCCACAGACGCCAGCAGUGGGCUUGAGACUCGGGGAUGCACCAGGAAGCACUCGCCAGGCGCACCCGGACCUGGAGGAGCCAGCACCUGCAGAGCCGCGCCAGGAGCCGUGCCAGCCCGAGAAGGAGAUGGAAGCAGAGAUCCCAAAGAGGGUCGACCUCCGCACGAGGGAAAGGGCGCCCGCUGGAGAGACGGCUGAAGAAAAGAGGGCGAGAAGAACCAAGCUAAUAGGUGAGAUAUGGCAGGAGAGGCAAAGGUUGGAGGCAGCGGGGGAGCUUCCGGAGCAGCAGCAGGAGAGACAGAGAUCGGAGGUAGCAGGAGCACUCCCAGGUCAGCCACCCAGCGCACCAGCUAGGGCUCCGGAGAUUCCAGAGAUGUGGAGAGACUUUUGGGAGCAGAGAGGAGUGGAGCUUCCUUCGCCAGUUAGAGCCGGGUUUGGGGUGGCCAGGAAGGCGGAAGAGAGGUUAGAUCGUAAAAUUAAGUUCCUGGCCAAGACCACUUUUGACCAGCACUUGUUAUUGGAGGGCGAUCUGGCAGGGAAGAAGAUGAAGGAAGCAAGCAAUGGAGUACGCCUGGAGGCUAUGGAGGUGGAAAUUCAGGAACUCGGGGCAUUGGUAGCCAGUCAGGCUGCUAUCAUUGAGAGCCUGAGGCAGCAAACCCAGGGAAAGGUGGACAAGCCAGAGAGCAGCAGGCAGGGAGAGCAGAGACAGCCAAGACGUGGAUUACCGGGACAACCAUCUGCAGCAGAGCCUCGCCAGGAGCCACCUAUGGAGAGAGAGGAGGUGAGUUUGUUUUCACAUGAGCAGAAGAUAGAGGAGCCUCUUGAGAAACAGAUAGGGAUUGGGGCAGAGGGUGUCAUCGAGAGCAUGCUCAAGAGGAUGGGCACGCCUGAGUAUGGGCCAGAGGAGAUUGAGGAGCAGCCCAUGGCAGUGCCAGGAGAGACACUCGAGAGGAGACCUCAGAGGUUGGACAUGCUUGAGUACGUCCCAGUGACAGAAGAUUUGAGGAGCAGACUGGGGUCUUGGGCUACAGGAUCUGGGUCUGGGGGACCGGUUCCUGGAAUGGAGCAGCAGGAGGUCGUUAGUACCGCAGCUCCUGGGACAGAGCAGCAGGGGGUUGUCAGUACCUUGGUAGGAUCUCCUUCAUCAUCGCCUCCUCAACCCAAGAAGAAGAAGUUCAAGAGGAAGGUCGAUCAGCUAUGUUUCUACUUCAAGAGGGACGUGCAUCAUGCUCUGGACUGUCUCGAGUUCCUUGAGGAUAAGGCAGCAGGGAAGGUCUAAGAGGUAGGGGGUAAGAUGUAUGAUAGACAGGGUAGGAUAGUAGAGAAGUCCGCAUAUGGACUUAGGGCUCAGUUAAAUAGGCAAAACCAGG